CCCUCGGGCUCUCGGCCCGACGGGCUGCUGAACCUGCGCGACCUCGCCUCGGGGUCCCUGUGGCUCGCAGCGUGCGCCCGGGCGCGCCGCGCAGCGGAGCGGGCGAUUGCCUCCGCGGACGCGGCUGGCGCGGAGGCCGAGCUGGUGCGCCUGGGGGAGCUCGUGAAGUUCGGGGCGGUGCUGUCGAGGCUCGGGGCGGUCCGGCCCGCCUCGCUCCGCGGCCGCUGGCUGGCCCUCGCCGACGGGUGGCACGACGCCGCGCUGAGGCGGGGCAUCGACGCGGGCCUGCUGGAGCCCGGGCGCACGCGCGGCAUCCCCUCGCGGGCCUUCCUGCAGGUCCGCAUCGAGGCCUCGACCGCCGAGCUGCAGCACCGAGAGGCCGAGCAGCGCGAGCAGCUGAACGCGGCCCUGCAGAAGGGGCUCGGGGGCACGGGCCACCUGGACUUGAACGACGCCGACCUGGUGGGCCUCACCGACGGCAUGAAGUCGAUCUGGGCCAGCACCCUCGGGUCCGGCGCCGUCUGGCGCAGGGCCACGUACAAGGUCCCUGUCGGGCGGGACGCGAUGACCAAGAUCACAGGCUUCUGCCACAACUCCACCACCCGUGAGAGAAUUUUCGAGGCGUACUUCCAGGGCUUCGGGCCCGAAGUCGACGCCAAGGUGCUCGAGCUCCUGCGCACGCGGCGCGAGCUGGCGGUGCGGCUGGGCUUCCGGACGUGGGCCGAGAAGGAGCUGCGGCCGCUGGCGGUGCGCGACCCCGCCGGGGCCCACGCUCUCAUGGACCGCUGCUGGGCGGAUGCCCGGCCCAGGCUGUCGCUGCUGGUGCGGAGGAUGGAGGACCUCGCGGCGGCCACCUCCCGCGAGCGCGAGGGCCCCUCGGCGCGGGGCCCGGCCGCGGGCGCCGCGCUGUCGCGGCUGGCGCACGCAGACGAGGCCUUCUUCCGAGCCCUCGUCACCCGCGAGGCGGACACCUGGAAGCUGGCGGAGUUCCUGCCGGCCUCGAAGUGCCUGCCGCGCGUGCUGGACAUGGUCGGCCGUGCGUGCAACGUGCAGUUCCAGGAGGUGGAUGCUCCGACCAUGGCCGGGCGGCUGGCGAGCGGCUGGCACAAGUCCGUGGUCAUCUACGAGGUGCGGGACGGCGUCAGUGGUGCUGGAGGCGCCCCCGGGCGCCACGGCUCCCUGGGGUUCAUCUACCUGGACCUGUACCAGCGCACGAGCCUGCUGGGGCGCCCGGCAGUGGCACUGGCCGGCGCGCUGAUGCUCUGCAGGGGCCAUGCUUAUCUGAGCAUGAACAUGCCGGAGCCCGGGCUCGGCCACCGCAAGCUGCUCAAUCCGGAGGAGGUGGUGGCCAUGGCGCACGAGCUGGGGCACGCGGUCCACAUGCUGUGCUACGGCGGCCGGCCCCAGGAGUUCGACGACCUGCCGCUGGACGUGAAGGAGCUCCCCUCGACCCUGGCGGAGACGAUCGCCCUGCAGCCAGGGGCCAUCAUGCAGUACGCCCGCCACUUCUCUUCCGAGGGCCCUCCGCCCGACGCGCUGGUGCGCUCCAGCCAGCGGGACAUAUCCUUUUUCGUGCGCUACCUGCAGAGUACCCACGUCGCUCUCGGGCUCCACGGCGAGAGCCUCGACCCGCGUGAGAUGACGCCCGCCGACGUGCGCCGGGAGGCAGUGGCGCUCUGGCAGCGGUACUCCGCGGUGGCCGCGCACCCGAGCUUCACGCCCUUCGGCGAGGACGCGGGCCUCUACAUGGGGCAGGGCGCGAACCAGAUCGCGUACCUGCUGUGCCACCUGCGGGUGGACGCCAUCCUCCACGCGCAGCAGGGCCACGCGGCCCCGGGCGCCGCGGCGGCGCCGGCGCGGGCCAGGGGCGCCAGCGCCAGGUGGCUGAGCGCCGGCUUCGCGGGGCGCAUCCGCGCCCAGCUGCUCGACCCCGCCUUCCGCGGGCAGCACCACGCCCCGGGAGGCACGGCCCCUGCGGUGCACCCGCUGCCUCCGCCGCCCACCAGCGCCGCGAGCCUCUUCGCGCACACCGCUCGGCUGGACGGCGCGUGAGGCGGCGGCCGGGGCUGCCACCGCAGGGGCGGUGGCGUCGGCCUCGUCGUCCGUCGGCGUCCCCUUCGGCGUCGUCGGCUCCGCAAACCAGUGC